AUGAGUACUCUACGACUUCAGAAGCGCCUUGCUUCCAGGGUGCUUAAAUGUGGAAAAAAUAAAAUCUGGUUGGAUCCAAAUGAAGCCAACGAGAUUGCAAAUGCAAAUUCCCGUCAGAACAUCAGAAAGUUGGUGAAAGAUGGUCUUAUCAUUCGCAAACCUGUCAAGAUUCACUCUCGUGCCCGAGUCCGUAAAAAUGCUGAGGCUCGCCGCAAGGGAAGACACAUGGGGCAUGGCAAGAGGAAGGGUACUGCCAAUGCUCGUAUGCCAACUAAAAUCCUAUGGAUUAGACGAAUGAGGGUUCUACGUAGAUUGCUCCGCAAGUACAGGGAAGCCAAGAAAAUCGACAAGCACCUCUACCACGAGCUGUACAUGAAGUGCAAGGGUAACGGCUUCAAGAACAAGCGUGUCCUCAUGGAGUUCAUUCACAAGAGGAAGGCAGAGAAGAGCAGAUCCAAGAUCCUCAGUGACCAAGCUGAAGCCCGCAGACAGAAGGUCAAGGAGGCUCGUCGCCGACGCGAAGAGCGUAUUGCCCAGAAGAGGGAGGAGUUGCUGAAAAACAUUGAAGAGCCCAAGAAAUGA